CAUCAACAACUUCAAAGCACAAACUCGUCUAACUCUCAUUCAUUUCACUUCUUUUCUCAAUCUUAUUAUUUCUAUCGCUUCAUUAAAUGGCUGCUUCAACAAUGGCUCUAUCUUCUCCUGCUCUUGCUGGGAAGGCAGUAAAAUUGACAGCAUCCAUUCCAGAAGGUGAAGGAAGAAUCACCAUGCUCUUCCAGAAGAAGACAGUGGCGAAACCUGCUAAAUCAUCCAAACCUGCAGUUUCAUCUACUAGCCCAUGGUACGGUCCUGACAGAGUUAAGUACUUGGGACCUUUCUCCGGUGAGUCUCCAUCUUACCUCAAUGGUGAAUUCCCUGGUGAUUACGGAUGGGAUACUGCUGGGCUAUCUGCCGAUCCUGAAACUUUCUCAAAGAACCGUGAGCUUGAAGUGAUUCACUGUAGAUGGGCAAUGCUUGGAGCUCUAGGAUGCAUCUUUCCUGAAUUACUCUCACGUAACGGUGUUAAAUUCGGUGAAGCCGUAUGGUUCAAAGCCGGAGCUCAAAUCUUCAGUGAGGGUGGAUUGGACUACCUUGGGAACUCAAGUCUGGUACAUGCUCAAAGCAUUUUAGCUAUUUGGGCUACACAAGUUAUCUUGAUGGGAGCAGUCGAAGGUUACCGUGUUGCCGGUGGACCACUCGGUGAGGUUGUUGACCCACUUUAUCCCGGUGGCAGUUUUGACCCACUUGGACUUGCCGAUGAUCCGGAGGCUUUCGCCGAGCUGAAGGUGAAGGAGAUAAAGAAUGGAAGAUUGGCAAUGUUUUCCAUGUUUGGAUACUUCGUUCAAGCAAUUGUGACCGGUAAAGGACCUCUGGAGAACUUGGCUGAUCAUCUUGCUGAUCCUGUUAGCAACAAUGCUUGGGCUUUUGCCACAAAUUUUGCCCCUGGAAAGUAAAUGUAGAGGCUAUGUACAAUUUCAGCUAGAUUCAUCAUCGUUCAUUCAAACUUGUGUUGUUCUUAGACCAAUUUGGGAUGUAACUAAAUCAAGUUGUGACACCUUUUAAAUUUAUUUCUAAACAUCUUUUUCACUUCCUGCAGCAUGGAAUUAUACAGUCAAGCUGCUGCAUGUGUUUGAAAUUCUAAUGAACAUGAUAUUAGCAUC